AUGUACCAAAGCCUUGCUUUGUCAUCCAACCAGUCCCCAUAUGCACACGAUGCAGGGAACUAUAUGCACCCUUCAGCGAGUUCCCCUGUCUACGUGCCCACUACGAGGGUGCCUGCUAUGCUGCAAACCCUGCCGUACUUGCAGACGUGCGAGUCCACCCAUCAGUCCCAUGGCCUCGGCGGGCAUCAUGGCUGGCCUCAGACUGGCACAGACAGUUCGUCCUUCAACCCGGGCAGCCCCCAUCCGCCUCCCGGGUUCUCCUACUCUCACAGCCCGCCAGUAAGCAGCAAUACCGGCAGGGACACCACCUACCAGAACCCGCUUGUGCUCAGUAAUGGUGGUCGGGCCGACCCGUAUGGCAGCGCUUUGGUGCGGUCAGUUGGAGGAUCAUACUCGAGUCCGUACGCGUACAUGAGCCCGGAGAUGGCAACCUCUUGGACACAAGGCCACUUUGAGAGUGGCAUGAUCAGUCUUCAGGGACGGCAAGGCUGCCUGUCUGGGAGAAGGUCCAGUUUGGGUACGUAACAGUCAUUGAUAAAUGAGGCGAACCGUGUGUUGUGUGUCUGACAUUUCCACUAAAACUGAAGGGAAAUCGUCGUAUCAAAUUAAUGUAGGCUACUCAUAUUUAAUUAUUUUUUCCCUUAUGUAUGUGGAUAAUUGGUGAAGGCCACAAAUGAAAAUAAUAUUAGCAUAUAAUUAACAACAAAAAAACACAAUUGAAUUUAUAUAGCAGGCCUAGUAGUCCUUUACUGGCCCAUAGAAGCACUAUAGGAGGCAGUCAAAAAAUAUAUACCUAUAUUUCAUAAAUAAUUAUGAAUAAUGUUUUGAAGAUUAAAUGUUGUGGAUAAUUCACCUUGAAUUGUAUCCAAUAUUUUUUCGAUAACUGUUCUUUAUUGGUUAGGUCUACUUUUGCAAAUUAGGCUAUUCGUUUCUGUGGCUGUCAAGGGUUAAAGGGGCUGGUGCUCUGAUCUCACAAUUUACAGCCUGGUUGUUUCUUAAGUUAUUUAUUGAUGCGAUUGAGAAGUCCCAUUGUAUGUGGUAAACUCUACCAUCGAUUGUACUCAGUCACUGGGAUUCAAUCAGCCUUUAAAAAAGUAACAUUUCUGCCAGCGUUCACAAUACACAUUGUUUAAAAGAGAAGGUCGCUAAAACCAAUUAAUUAAGGUGCUAAUUUAAUCUCCACCACCUGUCAGUUUUCUUUUGCAGUGUUUUGAUUAUUAGUACAGACAUUCACUAGUGAAAACUAUUCAAAUGUCACCUUGAUUAGAUCAGACGAAAAAGUUAUAUUUGGAAAUGCGUCUGCUAUACACGUUUGGCAAGCAGCCAACACGUCCUUUGAAGGUGGAACAUCAAAAUGCAGUAGGCUUUUACGUUUAACGUGUUUUGAAGCAGGAUCUUCACCUGUUGCAUGGAUGUAAGGACGUCCGUUUCUUGCAGGCAUAUAGCCCAUAUCCAGUUAAUAACAAGACACAGUACGUGUUUGUUGAUUACUUCGUUUCACAUUGUAAACAGGAACGAAUUUUCAUCCUGGUGAAAUUAAUUUGUAUAUUUUCUAUUUAUUUUGGAUCGACGGUUCGUGGAUUUGCUGACUUAAAGACCUAUACACAUUCUUCUUUUAACAAAUAUGGUGCGUGUGUGUGUGUUGUUUUGUGAGAAUGUGUUGUGUGUGUGUGUGUGUGUGUGUGUGUGUGCGUGUGCGUGUGCGUGUGUUGUUUUGUGAGCGUGUGUGUGUGUGUGUGUGUGUGUGUUAAUCGAUUGUUAUUAUUGUUUCCAAUAUUAUUGUUAUUGUUUUUAUCUAUUGACCCUCUUCCAAUAUGUGGACAAGGAAUUCGAGCAAUUAAUUGUAGGAGGCCGUCGCCUGUCAGUAGCUUGAUUGAUAUGGGGACCCCUGGAUCCUUAACGCUGAUAAGAGCCCCAUUGACAUUCCACCCGUCUGAGCCAUGUGCCCCGCCAGCCGCCCUAAUAGAUACACCAAUGACCCCUUCUCCAUAUUGAUACAUUCGGUUUAGAUAUAUUUUAAUCACCGAGAGGGUGAUUUAAAUUAAAAUUAUACUCUAGCGAGCUAAGCGGGGACAUUUAUCACGCGCUAGCGCGUUCUGUUGAAGAUAUGGGUUUACACACAUCAAAGAUGUCUAAAUUUAUGGCUUUCAUGUGUGGAUUUUUUUUCUUCCAUUUUUGUAAUUUAUUAUAGCCUAUCCUUUCAAUUUAUCGAAAAAAUACAACAAUUGACCAAAGAACAACAUUUUUACCCAAUAUCCAAAUAGGCACAGACAUUGCACUUGCAAUCGCAAAUAAAUUGUAUUCCUCUCAUUUUACAAAAUUAUCCACAUUUACCGAAUUAUGCAAUUUAACUAAAGCUGAUUAUCAAGGGUAUUUCCAUAGCUAGUUCCAGUCCUGUUCAUGUUUUGCUCUAGUGUGAUCAUGUGACACACGUUGCAUUAAAACCAACCCAACACCACAUACAAAAAAUAUUACAACUCUAAAUGUUGUCUUCAUCAUAUUACAGACAUGUUGGAGGAGUUCCCGGGAGAGGGUCGUGAGUGUGUAAACUGCGGCUCCAUCUCCACUCCUCUGUGGCGGCGAGACGGUACCGGGCACUACCUGUGCAAUGCCUGUGGCCUGUACCACAAGAUGAACGGAAUCAACAGGCCGCUCAUCAAACCACAGAAACGCCUGGUAAGCACCAUUACAUUCUUUGUAUGUUCAUAAAAGUGUAUGAAUUUAACUUAUAACUUGUCUUAGAGGCAUCUUAUUGAGUAGGCCCACUAUUGUGCCUACAUAGAUACUACGUGUCCAAAAGUAUAUGGACACCUGCUCUUCGAACAUCUCAUUCCAAAAUCAUUGGCAUUAUUAUGGAGUUGGUCCCCCCUUUGCUGCUAUAACAGCCUCCACUCUUCUGGGAAGGCUUUUUUACUAGAUGUUGGAACGUUGCUGCGGGGACUUUCUUCCAUUCAGCCACCAGAGCAUUUAGUGAGGUCGGGCUCUGAUGUUGGGCAAUUAGGCCUGGCUCGAGGUCGGCGUUCCAAUUCAUCCCAAAGGUGUUCCAUGGGAUUGAGGUCAGGGCUCUGUGCAGGCCAGUCAAGUUCUUCCACACCGAUCUUGACAAACCAUUUCUGUAUGGACCUCGCUUUGUGCACGUGGGCAUUGUCAUGCUGAAACAGGAAUGGGCCUUCCCCAAACUGUUGCCACAAAGUUGUCAGCACAGAAUCGUCUAGAAUGUCAAUGUAUGCUGUAGCGUUAAGAUUUCCCUUCACUGGAACUAAGGGGCCUAGCCCGAACCAUGAAAAACAGCCCCAGACCAUUGUUCCUCCUCCACCAAACUUUACAGUUGGCUCUAUGCAGUAAGGCAGGUAGCGUUCUCCUGGUAACCGCCAAACCCAGAUUCGUUCAUCAUAUUGCCAGAUGGUGAAGCUUGGUUCAUCACUCCAGAGAACGCUUUUCCACUGCUAAAGAGUCCAAUGGUGGCAAGCUUUACACCACUCCAGCCGACGCUUGGCAUUGCUCAUGGUGAUCUUAGGCUUGUGUGCGGUUGCUGGCCAUGGAAACCCAUUUCAUGAAGCCCCCUGACGAACAGUUAUUGUGCUGACGUGCUUCCAGAGGCAGUUUGGAACUCGGUAGUGAGUGUUGCAACCGAGGACAGGCGAUUUUUACACCUAAGCGCUUCAGCUGUGAGCUUGUGUGGCCUGCCACGUCGCGGCUGGGCCAUUGUUGCUCCUAGACGUUUCCACUUCACAAUAACAGUACUUACAGGUGACCGGGGCAGCUCUAGCAGGGCAGAAAUUUGAUGAACUGACUUGUUGGAAAUGUGGCAUUUUAUGACUGUGUCACGUUGAAAGUCACAGAACUCUUCAGUAAGGCCAUUAUACUGCCAAUGUUUGUCUAUGGAGAUUGCAUGGCUGUGCGCUCCAUUUUAUACACCUGUCAGCAAUGGGUGUGGCUGAAAUAGCCAAAUCCACUAAUUUGAAGGGGUGUCCACAGACUUUUUUUUUAUAUAUAUUUUAUUUUACAAUAGUCAAUGAGCUUUUAAAAUGGACCUUUAAGAAUGUUAAUGACUAAAUGUAUUGAUUGGUUUGGUGGGUUUUGAGAAGAAAAAAAGGCAUAUGCAGAUAGUAGUUUAUUCUAGGUUAACACAGAUAUUGGUGGUCAGAAGGAGGAGGAAAAAGACUGGGACAUAGAGGGCCAGUGAGUGUCUGCAGAAGGUCAGUGUAGUAGAGUGAGAGAAAGAGGCCUUCACUGCAGUCUUUUUCCCAGGCAGGAACCAGCCUCUCAGAGCAGCUGCUGUGAAUUACCCCAGCUCUGCUCUGCUCUGCCUGUGCUUGUUCUGUUUUUAUUUGUCCUUCAGAGACCUUGCCCUUGGGUUGUCUGUUUUUAGCCAGAUCUGUACGAGGCAAGAGAACAGCGUGACUAAACAACAGUGUGUUUCUGCUGAAAAAUCUCACUUGUGUCCAAUAACAAGCUGAUAGAGAGACGAGGCAGUUUCAGCCAGGAGUGCUUAGUGCUUAGCCCAGCACUAUGUGAGACAUUUCUCAUGUGAAGUCUUUAUCAGUACACUGACUGUUUGGUUUCUCCAUGGAAACUAUGGCAGAAUCAUGUGCACAAUAAACAAAAGCAAUUCACUUAUAUUAAAGGGAUACUUCACUCAAAUUAAAAUUUUACACAAAGUAUAGUAUAUGGACCAACAGAGUCAGUAACGCAAUAUAUAUAUAUAUAUAUAUAUUUGGCUGAAUUAUCCCUUAAGGUGCUCAUUCUCUACACCUGUCAUACAAUCCAUCUUUAACUGGCCUUGUCCUUGGUCCAAUUCUCUCUCAGAAGAAUGUCAUGAUAAUGCUUUGAGUUGGCUGGUUGGUUAUAGUCUGGUUAUUGACGCCUUGUCUUUGCUUCUCCAUUUAUAGCAGACCACAUCUCGCCGGGCCGGCCUAUGCUGCACUAACUGCCACACCAGCACUACAACGCUGUGGCGUCGCAAUGCAGAGGGAGAGCCUGUCUGCAACGCCUGUGGCCUGUACAUGAAACUACAUGGGGUAGGUAACACACACACACACACACACACACACACACACACACACACACACACACACACACACACACACACACACACACACACACACACACACACACACAUACAUACAUACAUACACACGCACACACACACACACACACACACACAUACAUACAUACAUACAUACAUACGCACACACACACACACACACACACACACACACACACACACACACACACACACACACACACACACACACACACACACACACACCUUUCCCAUGUACCCUACUCUGCUCAAAUUAUCUAAUGUACACAACGUUUGCCCUGGGGGGAGCCUGUGUAAAAUGCUGCUGUAAGAAUCAGCCCCUAGUAGCAUACCAGUGCAGUGUGGGCAGCAUAUUAUUCAUGUUGUGUAAAAGCUUUCCACGGUCAUCAUGGAUGUUGUUAUCAAAAGAGAGAGGUGGGAGGAAGGGGUCAUUGUGUGUGUUUUCAAGGCAAGCAGGCCUUUGUUACAACUAGGAUCUAAAUUAUUGGCCUCUCCUCCUCUUAGGUCCCCAGACCACUGGCCAUGAAGAAGGAAAGCAUUCAGACCAGGAAACGGAAACCUAAGAUGCCCAAGUCUAAACCCUCAACAGGUAAGAAUGGGGAAUGGAAAGAAAGAUUGAUGAGAGUAUGUAUCUGUAUUUGUGUGUGUGUGUCCUGUACCUGUUAAUCACCCAUUUGUCUGUCUGUCUUCUUCAGGAGGGUUGUCAGCCUCAGGCACCAACUCACCGUCAUCCCUGUCUGUCUCGGAACACGCCUCUACGAUAAAGAGUGAACCCAACAUGGCCCCCUCACCCUACGCCGGACAGACUGUAGCCUCUGUGUCCCAGGUAAGGCUUCUCACUCCUGGGAUCCCCAUACAGGGGAUGAUGUUACUUUAUAGUCUAGAUAAUUCAGCCCAUUAGUUUUUACUAAAGAACUUAUCAUUGUGGUCAGUCAUUUACAUAUCCCAUUCUAUUAUUUGAAGGCUUCAUCACAUCUGGACAGUUCAGGACAUGUGGACAUCAAAUAUGAGAACUACCCCUUUACUCCCACGUCCAUCGCCCCACAGAACUCUUGGUGUGCUCUGUCUCAGGCAUGA